AUGGGAAAAGCCAACACACUCCUUAGGGCUGCCAAAGCGAAGCUGACGACUGCUUUCCACAAGUUCACACGCAGACAUCAAUCUAAACACCCAGGGGCCGAAAACUUGACAUAUUCCGUGCACCUAGGAACUGGACUUUCUUCCGACGACUCCAUCUCCGAGCAGUUGUUGGACAGUGCUCCCCCGGUUCUCCCAGCUCUCCCGUUCUUCCCUGCUCUUUCGGUUCUCCCUCCUGUCCCUUCUCUCCCGCUUUUCACUGCUGCUCCUCCACGUCGGUCGAUGCUAAGGUAUGUGGUCACAAAUUACAUGGAUGGUUCAAGCAAGGCUGACUAUGAUUCCAACGUAGAUUCUUCUGGACAUUACUCUGAAACGGGACGCGCGCGCGCUGAAUCCAACGUUGCAUUGCAGCCAGUGAACUCCGAAGUGACCAUGACGAAGCACUCUGACUUUCCCGAAUCAGAAGAAUCAGCAACCAUUUCCAGCGCGUCAAAUACUCUGGCGAACACUCCACAAGUCCCUGAAAUGAGCGGCGGGGAAAGCGAUAUUUCGGGCAGGCUUCUUCCUUUCGGCCGCGGCCUGCGACAUAGGCACCGUCGUUCCAUCGACGAGUGGCUCGCAGGCCAGAUCUUCGAGCCACGCCCUGCCGAAACUGACGAGGGUGAAUUCGUCGAAGACCGCAACGUUUCUAUCUCGAAUGGGCCCCCGUCCUCUCGACAUCUGUCUUCCGGUAAUUCUAGCGUGGAUACUUUUCGACACUGGAGAACCCGCCGCCCGAACGAUGGGCUCAAUCCCACCGGCGUCCCUGAUCCCUUCUUGAACCGCCAACCCACACCUGAACAGAGAGCCCCGGUCCCCACGACGCUGGACGACCUUGACAACGACACCCCCGCCCGAUGGUCCGAAGACUUUGACAAAUUCUCCUCCGAUGGCAAGCAGCGCAAAGUAACACAGACUGCUCCCGGCAACUUCUCCCUCCAGCCUCGAGACUACCGCCUCGAGACCCCACGUCAACGUCCUACUUCUGAAGAAUUGGAGGCAUUCAAGCAUCGCGAGGGAAGUCAACCCACUGCUCAACCCGCCACAGCAAAUGCCGGGGUGGCCCAGCCCGUCUUUUCUCAACCAGGAGCAGCAGUACAGAAUGCCCAGGCUAGCAUUGGAGCCAUGUAUCAGGGCUUCUUGCAAGUGGAUGCCGCUUUUCUUCAACUCUCUCGCGAGAAUCAAAUGCUCGAGCAGAACAUGGCAGCCGCGAUGGACAGAAACCGCGCCCUCGAGCAAGAACUUGCAAGGGCAUUGGCGACGAUCAGCGAGCGCGAUGCCGAGCUUGAGUGGUGGCGCACAGUCAUGGCCAACAUCAACCGGGACUUUGUAGCUGCUGGCCUCGAGCCUGUUACUCCGCCACCACAAGCCGCGCCACCACGCACGCCACUGGAUCAAGUGUUUCCUGAACGCGCUGACGGGUAUACGAGGCCCCCGCUUUCGCGGGGCUCCGUGGACACGCAGGCCCCCCUCCAUCGGAACUCUUCUGAUGAAGGGGGAAGCGUGAUCCAUCACGAAGAGGCUGCGCCGGCGUUUGCUUUCGGGGAGUACCCGGAGGAGAGUGAGACCUCCGACCUGUACGGGGCCGAUGAUAGCGGCAACGACUCGGACGCCAGUGGGUACGAUGGCGAUAUCUCUAAUGGCAUGGACUCUGGCGGCAAUGGCUGCAAUGGAGACGACAACGACGGCGGUGACUACGACGGCGACGAUGAGGACGAUGGCGAGGCAGACGACGACGACGACGACCUCGGCUCUACCGAGUCAUUUGCCCAGCCUCACUCUUUUGCGUACCGAGAAACCGCCUCGGACAGCGCCCUCGCGGAUUUUGAGAAGACUACUGCAAACACGCCGGCAGAUGAGUAG